GUAAUUCUGUAUACUGUCAUAGUCAUAUUAAAACGUAUUUAUGACAAGCUGUAGUUCUGAGUAUAAUUAUUAAAAAUAAAAUAACCUAUGUUAAUGGUUUGGUGUUAUUUUGCCGGAGGGUAGGCUUUAAUUUGACUAAAUAAAAUUUAAAUUCAAAAUGAGCUUUUUAUUUGGAAGCAGAUCUAACAAGACCUUUAAGCCAAAGAAAAAUAUUCCCGAAGGAACACAUCAAUAUGAUUUAAUGCGCCAUGCAGCGGCUACGCUGGGCUCGGGUAACCUCCGAGUAGCUGUCUUGCUGCCUGAGGGAGAAGACCUCAAUGAGUGGGUUGCAGUCAACACGGUUGAUUUCUUCAACCAGAUAAACAUGCUCUACGGCACCAUCACAGAGUUCUGCACAGAGGAGUCGUGUGCGGUAAUGUCGGCCGGGCCCAAGUACGAGUACCACUGGGCGGACGGACACACCGUCAAGAAGCCCAUAAAGUGCUCCGCUCCUAAGUACAUUGACUACCUCAUGACCUGGGCCCAGGACCAGCUCGAUGAUGAGACACUUUUCCCUUCCAAAAUAGGCGUGCCGUUCCCCAAGAACUUCCUGUCGAUGGCCAAGACGAUCCUGAAGCGCCUGUUCCGCGUGUACGCGCACAUCUACCACCAGCACUUCCCCGAGGUGGUGCAGCUGGGCGAGGAGGCGCACCUCAACACCUCCUUCAAGCACUUCAUCUUCUUCGUGCAGGAGUUUAACUUGAUUGAGAGACGCGAGCUGGCGCCACUGCAGGAGCUCAUCGAGAAGCUGACGGCGAAGGAGGCGCGGUGAGCGAGCCGCGGCCGCCAGCGAGCAGUACUUACCACGGCCUCACCUAGCUAGAGGGCGCCGCGCGAGCGUCUUUUCUACUGUUUUUACGUUUGUUAAUAUACUAAUAUUUUGAUAUUUGAAUGAAAUUGUGAUACAGGCUGCUCGGGGACCGGAAGGCGCGUCGCUGUGCGGCGCCAUCGAACCAAUCUUUUUAUAUAAUUCGUCAUAAGUAUCUUCGAUAAGGCCGCACGUGCGACGAUACAAUUAUAUAUAUAGAGAUUUCUUGAGGUCCAAGCGUACCCCCACUAACCUCGUGAUUUUAUAAACAAAUCUAGUGAGGGUUCGUUGACAGCACCAUAAUGUUCGAAGCUCUCCUGAGUGAGGAAUCACAGCGAGUGAGCCUCCACUAGUAUUGAGAUAGCGACUGGUCUCCGACAAUGAUUAUAAAAAUGAUUUAUGUCUUCUAAAGUAAUUUAGAAUUAUUUUGAUACAAAUAUAGUGUAUAAGUAGGCGAGUUUUUAACGAAUAGCUAUUAAGCUAUAGCUAUUUAAGCUUUGUAAGCAAUCGUCUUGACGCUCUUCCCUCACACCGGACCAAUGAGUUACCUGUAGGACUCACCAUUUAUAACUCCAGUCUAAAAUUUUACAGAUUACAGAUCUUAUAUAUUUAUAUCUUAUACUUACUCAACGAGUGUUGAUUUUAAUUUAUAUAAUUAAUUUCUAAUUUAUAAACAUGUUUCGUGUGAGGAGAGUGGCGUCAGACAUAUAUAGGUUCCUUAUUUAUUUAUUGUGAUGUCAAGUGCAACGCAGUGUAUAUCGCACAUCGUGUUUAUUUCGGUUAUACGUAUGUAAUAGCUAAUUUAAGGUGAAUAGAUAUAUUUUGCGCAUUAUUUUACAUUCGUUUUUUGUUUGUCGACCCGUAUCCGAUCUAAUUGGUUUUCUUAUUUAUAAAACUAUUGUAUGUAAUAUGAAACGAAUAUAUGAAUUAUGGGAAA